AUGGAAGACGAGCCUGCGCCUUACAGCCCGCAGCUUCGGGCAGUGCUUCAGGAUCUGGACAGAGAGGUUCGACAGUUCGACCUCCGCUUAUUGGAAGCGGGCCUGACCGACGACGUCAGAGGUCUCUGUGACAGAUUAUACGACCUGGAAGCUGAGAGUGCAGCCCAAAGAGCGGAGAUAUCCCGCUUGCACAGCAGAUUGCACCGCUUGGAGGACCAGGUUCAUCAGGGCCGCGGCUGGCUCCUCCACUUGUCUGACAGGACUACAGCUUUGGAGGACGCCACUCAAAAACUGGCCAUUAAGGUCAGGUCACUUGUGACUCUUCUGCGAGAGACGCUUUCUGAGACGGAAGCUUUUGAACCCAGGAGUAAGCUUCGACGCCGCUGGCUUCACCAAGCACAUUGUGCCCCGGUGACUCCUCCCCUACCUAUGGAAAACAGCCCAGGUGCAUCCAGCGGUGAUCAAUCCUGGCAGCUUAUAGAGCAGAACCAGCCGGUGCCCGAGAAUGCAUCCUUUCAUGGGUGGCCUUCAGAAACUUCGACAUUUCUGCUUAUGCCAUUGCAAUCCACACCUCCUAGACCCAGCUUGCCUGCUACUCCGAAGGCACCCACUUGGCGGGCUCCCAGGGUGUGCUUGCGAUACAAUUCCCCUUUUCAGGUGGGGCGCAACGGGCGCCAGCCUACAGUUGCUCGGCUCCGCCCCUGCGCUCCCUUCCCCACUCCGCGGCAAGCCCCUAAAGCCGUGCCUGUGCAGCAGUCUACAUCCCAGAUCUUCCCGACAGCGAAGGCACUGCCGCACUUUCAGGACGCUUCAGCUUACGCGGUCUACCCCAUGCAGCAGCCUUCUCCUGUUCAGGUAUCGCUUUCCCUGGCAACGCCGAGACCAGUUCAGCCCUCAACAACAGCUUUGCGAGCACCUUCAGAGCUACACCCGCCUGCCUUUCGUGAGCCGAUUGCCGGCUUGGUCACCAGCAAGGAUAAUCAUCAGGCGUGCGAUGAACGCAACAAGGUACUUUUCGACCAGCUUUGUGCAUCGCAUGGUGCCUACAGCGAGGUGCUGCAACAGCUUUCAGGGAGUCGCGAGGGCACAGUGAUCAAGUCUCGGCUUCUCAGCAAGGUGAGUGACACCACGGCGGCCCGCUACCUUCGCUCAGUCCAGCUUUUCUUUUGUGCCUUUGAGGAGCUGGGUGGCAACAUGGAGUCCAUCGACCAAGGUCUCUUCCUUGAUGCUUUCUUCGCUUUAUCUCGAGGCUCCGAAACAGGCCCCCUUUCCAACAGCAUCAACGUGCUCAAGGCGCUGCGCUGGUACAAGAAGCUUCUUUCACUUGCAUGCCUCCCAGACCUGUAUGGCACAGCUUUCAGUCUCCUCUCCAAUCCGUCUGGCCAGGAGAAACGAGAGAGCAUACCACUGCCGCUUUCUUUUGUGGCCUUCCUUGAGCGCACCCUGCUUUCAGGCACAGCCAGCUUGAUGGACACCAUCUGGGCGGGGUCGUUCUUGGUGGCAAUCGGUGCGAGCCUCCGCUUCGCGGACGCCCAGCACGUCCGCUGGAGCUCACUUAGUGUGAGCCAUUUCACUUUACGGGGAAUAUGCUACAGAACUAGGACCACCAAAGGCGGAUGCCCCUUUGGUCUUCUCAGCUUCGGCCCCUUUUCGUCCUCUGAGGAAUGGGGGCUGACUUGGCUCCCCCGCUGGUUGGGAGCAUUGGACAAGGUUUGGUCCGACCUCCGCUCCCGCUUUGGGGCCCAGCCGGAACCAGAUUGCAUGUUUUUCCUCUUAAGUGAUGCAGGCUUUGCUCCGGCCACUUAUUCACAGGCCCUUCAGAAGUUGCGCCACUGGCUGACGCUUUCAGGGAUAGAGCAGCACCAAGCUUCUCAAUAUACGCUUCACAGUUUGAAGACGACCUUCCUUUCGUGGAUGUCUCAGCUUUCUAUCCCACUGGCGUCCCGCUUUCUCCAGGGACAUCAUAAAACCCCUGGCUCUGCCCAGCUCUAUUCACGGGACGACGUAUGGCCAGCCCUGAGAGCGCAGCUUCUUUUGUGGCGGUCGAUCCACUCCGGCUUCCGUCCUGCCAGGCCGCAACACCGAGGUGGACAAUCACCGCUUGCCGAGCCCCCCUUCGAGACGGCGGGGUUCCAAUGGGACGCCUUCAUCCCGGCACUUAGAUGUUUCUCGCUUGGCAGUGAUUUCCAAUCAUUCCUCGCCCUGGAACAACAGGACGGCGAACUUCGCGAAGCCCGAGAGUCAUGCUCAACGAUUACACGGUCAGGCCCCAAACUUCCAUCUUGUGUUCGCGCCCGGGCGCAGGUCGACCACUUCGAGGACUCCGAUGCCGAUGAUGCAGGCCCGGCUCGCCCUUCAGCGAUGGUCGUACCCACUUUGGAGGUCGACCCCACAUGGCAAGAUGCAAAGAGCGAGGGGCUUAGUGUGUCACAUGAGGAGCAGCCGCUUGAAGCUCCAUCUUUUCAAACUUCCCGCACAAACUGCAGGGAGGUGCGGUAUCUGCUAGGAGCUUCCGGGGUGGCACACCUCAGCAUUUCCCACCCCGGCUCCCGCAUGACCUGCUUGGCGUGCAAGGAUGCCCAAUGCCAGCUUAUGAAACAUAAUCCCGCUUUACUUCCAGCGUGGGUCAUGGCCAAGUUGUCCCCCGACUACGUGUUCAGCCUCCUCAAAAGCAUGAACGAGGCUGAGAGGGCCCACUUUUUGAAGCGAAUGGAAGGAGACCCGCUUCUUCCUUCCACAACGCCGGCACCCGCUUUGGCAGCAGCACCUUCGGAGCAGCCUGCUUCGAGCACCGUGAUCGACCCCAUCGGGGACUCUAUCGCUGCCGAAGAUUACGGGCCACCGGCCGCUUCUACGUCUUCUCCCUCGCCUGCUGCACCCACUUUGGAGGCACCAGCGGAGCCUAAAGCAGCCACCGGUGGCGAGAGCGCCCCCACGGGAGCCACUCCAGCUGCUCAGGGAGAAGAGGCCAACGCCGAGGCCACAGGUGACGGGGUCACAAACGCCAAACGCUGGCAACGUGAACCCGAGGUCAAGGAACCGCCGCCGCGACCUCCUUCGUCGCCCGCUUUGGCGUCGAACACCCCGAAGGCCGGGGUACCGCUGCUGAAGUCGAAGAGCAUGGCUACGCCCGCUCCACCCGCUUCGGUGGUCACUACACCCCCGGCGGCUACACCCAGCGCCCCUCCCGCUUCCAAGGCCCCGCCACCGCCGCUUGUGGAGGAGGGCACCACGGGCGGAAGCUCGGGAAACACAGGGCAACAGCCGCCCGCUUCAACACCACAGCGCGAGAUAGCCCCGCUUCUCGCCAGUGACGCCCCUGCCUCCCGCUUGGGACACACUAUCUAUGAUAGCGAAGGCCGGGCCACUUUGCAGCUGGUUCAAUUGUGGGCAUGCCGCCGCCAGUGUUCCCAAUGCGCUCAGGGACACUGUCAGGCGACAUUCAGCGACAGAUCCAACAGCUUCCACGUGAACCACUUAUGCAGAGACUGCAAACGCUCUCGUGGGCGUGAGCGCCAGGAGGCCACUUCGCAGUGGAACCACGGCCAAGAUGAGUGGGGCCAGAGCCAGACCGCUUGGGAGGACUCGCCCGCGUGGAGCUCCUGGAACUGGUCUGGACGGGCAUGGCAGCAUCACCCGCUGGAGCUCGGCUUUCGUAAGCCAGUCAUCUCGAGCACCGCUUCCCGCUUGGAAAAUAGGCGGCAAGCUAUGACAAUUGCAUCGAAGUAUGCCUCCGCUUUUGAUUCGCUCAGAAACAUGAAAUCACUUGUCUCCCCCGCUUGGGUCAAGCACAGCUCCCUCCCGCUCGGGGGCCUCUCUCGCUGCCUCGCGACAGGCCACAGGCCCACGCCUGAGAGUUCUUCACACCCCGCUUUACAUCAGACACUCAUCCCGCUCAGGUCUCUCGACAUGUCCGACUUCUCGCAGUUCGUAUCGGACUGCAACGUACCUCCCGCGGUGGCCUCUCUUCUUUCGGAGUUUGACACCGCUUUGUACGCACGUGCUUGCACAACUUCCUCCGAGCUAGAGGAAUUGAUCACCCACUUCAUGACCGAAGCCGCGGUGACAGAAGCAGCGGAACGCUUUAUCACUAAGGCGUCGUUACGCCUGCUUUUCUCCAAAUGCCGGCAGGCGGAGGGCAUGGCAUCCCUAGAAGCCACGCCCAGUUCUGCUCUCCCGCUUGGAGAAGCGCCUUCAACAGCUGUGCCAACCGCUCCGGCCGCAGUUCCGCUUUCCAGCUCAUGGCAGGAGGCUUGGCCGGCAAAACUCAGCGGCGAACGCACUGCAGCGCUUAGGAAAAGGUUCGAGGAGGAUUACCCCACUGAACUCCUCGAUGCCGAGAGCUUUCCGAGCGCCCGCUUGUUGGCCCUUACCAAUAAGAUGCUUUCAGAAAAGGAAGUGCGAUGGAUUCCCUGGAAGUACCGCUUAAGUGCAAGGGCGCAAGAGGACAGCUUGCUUAUCAGGCCGAAGAAACAGGCCCGCUUUGACAUCGCGGAGUUCUUCUUCGACGAGGCUCCAACCCGGGAUAUACAUGAAGGCCCCGCCUCCUUCAGCUUCGUGACACAGCUUCUCUCACUUGCUGCGAAUGCGAUCGCUUUAUGCCAGGGGGCACACCUAGGCUCCCUGAAACUCUACAACAAAAAAUUCACCCGCAUUUGCUUCACCAAAUACGAGGCCUCCGCCAACCUACGGGGCCCCACUACGAUGGAAGCCCAGGCAGCUGAUCGCCGAUGUUGGGAAAUCAUCGCCGACUUAGUCAAUGUGCAUCAUUGGAAGCUAGAUGAUGCGCUUCACGAAGUGGCGGAGGUGCGCUCUGAUUUGCACAGCUUACUUGCGCCCAGGCCAUUCGUGCCCAAACCCAAGCACGACCCGGACAACAGCUGGAAGGCCGGCGCCAAAGGCAACGGUCGUGGAGGCAAAGGCGGGGGCCGUGGCGGCAAAGGCCGCGAUGGCAAAGGCGAGAAGGGAGAACGCUUCGAGCGAGGCGGCAAAGGUGGCAAAGGCAAGGACAACAAGCAGGCGACGCCUCCCGGAAAAUGGCUUUCAACCAUCUUCAUGGUUGGCAAGCGCCAGACUCUUUGCAUGCGCUACCAGAGCGGUCAGUGCAAGGACCCAGCCACGUGCCGCUAUGUGCACAGAUGCGCAGAAACCCACUUCAGCGACCAGCGGGACAUCGCUGAGGAGGUCACAGUUGUCCCGCUUUCAGUGCCUGCUCAACCUUCAGGUUCAGCAGGUGCAACUUCGGCACUGCCCAAGGCUGGUGCCCCAGUAUCCAUUGCAUCUUUGGCAAUCAGUGAAGGCUCCCUCGACUUCGCUACCUGCUUGGAGCUUUUAGCGCAGUACUUUUCCAUUCCCUUCAUUGAUGCCGCAGGCCCCACUGACAAUGCCAUUGACGCUUCCGGAGCAUAUUUCAACCUGGGAGCUUUCUCCUUUGACAACGGCACCAGGUCGGGGAUAUUUCAGCGCACUGAACAAUUUUCCGAUGUACUUCGUUUCUUGAACGCUUUCAUGCAGCUUCAGUUCCCGGGUGCCCCUUGGAGCUCCUUGUGCGUGAGUCACAACGUUCGUACUCGCUUACACACGGAUGCUGGCAACGCUUCAGGAACACUCAAUCACACAGUUUCACUCGGCAAUUUCAGCGGAGGGGAGAUCUGGAUUAGCCCAGCUUUGGACCCGUCUGCUGCCAACAUCCCGGCCCCAUUGGAGGCCUCAUCCGAGGCCCACAGAGCGGAAGAUGCAAGCAAAGGUGAAUUGCGCGACACCUGGCAUUCACCGCUUUCCUUUAGCUGUGAAUCCCUCCAUUGUACGAUGCCAAUCCAAGGAGACAGGUGGGUAUUGACUGCCUACACUUGCAGGAACCUGCACAGCUUCGACAUGAAGUCGCUUGCCCAUUUAAGGUCACUGGGGUUCCCAUUGCCUCCAGUACCUACAACACUUCCUCAGGCUGUACCCUCUGCACCGAAGGACAACACGCACGUCGAGAUCUUCUUAGAUAUCUGCUGUGGUGCCUCUCACCCACUUACCACGGCGAUCUCAUCAUGUGGCAUCAUAUGUUUGCCCAUUGAUCUGCUUGGUGAGGAGCAGCUGGACCUCUUGCACGACGACACGUACGAUCACCUCCUUCGGUUAUGCUUCUCAGGCAUUGUACGUUUUGCUCAUGGAUCUCCGCCAUGCAAAGAGUACUCCCGCUUGAAGCUACGACCCGGGGGACCUGCUGCUAUCCGAUCCCCGGAACAUCUCAACGGGUUGCCGGGCAAUACAGCUUCACAGCAGGAACGCGUGGUAAGCAGCCAGAAGCUUCUGUAUCGCUGUGUAUGCCUGCUUCGGGCCGCUUUCAAUUCAGGUGCACAUGUAUCUCUGGAACAACCCACGAACGCGAUGUCUUGGCUUGAACCAUUCGUACAGGACAUGCUUGCUGAGAUACAGGCUUCACUGGUCAACAUCCCGGCAUGCUCAGUUGGCCAGGACAUAGCCAAAUCUUGGCUUUUUGCAUGCAGCUUCGAUGAUAUGCAAGCCUUGGCAGGUACAUGCUCUCAUUCAGAAGGUCAUCCUUCUGUGGCCGGCGUCAGGGACGAGCUUGGCAACUUUUUGUCACAGCGCACCGCAGAGUACCCCGCCCAGCUAGCAAACCGCUUUGCUCAGCAGGCGGCUCAACUUUUCUCGUCACGCCGGCCCUCCCACAGUGUUCCAAGUUGUUCUUUGGCUUUCGCACUCUCUUCAAUCCCCAAGAAGCCCCGGGCAGCGACCACUACAGCAUCACAGGAUGGCGGUGGCAUCUACUCCUUGCCGGACUGGUCAAUGGGCCCCAGAUACCAGUCUGACAGCUUGCACGCUUUGCGCAAAGAAUGGCAGUCCUGGCUCCUCUCGCACAGGAUACCACUUCGCCUUCAGCAACAUGUCGCAGCAGGCAGUAACAGCCCACUUUUCUCGGAAGAGGAAACAUCGUGGCUGCGUGGAUCCUUUAAACGCUUUUCGGACGCUCACUCCCCAGCUCAGGAUUGGGAUUUUUCUGUUAAGGAAGGUCAACCAUACUGCCUGUCGGCACUUGAGCGUUUGAGCACCCUCUUGGGGGACAAAGACACAACUUUAUUUCCCGCUUUGCAGAAGGGGGUCCCCACGGGCUUUGAUGGGGAUAUCCCUCGCAGCCACACCCUACGUCCCCGCAGUAUCCACACAUACUUGGACGACAAGCUGCGCUUCACUGGGACACCGCCGGGCACCAGCAUUUCUGAGGGGUCCACUUUGCUUUCAGCCCGGCACAAAACUCUACACAGCAAGAAUGAUCUCGCUUUGGUCCCGGUAAGCACAAAACGCAUGUGGCUUCGUGUUACAGACCCCACUUCUUCGAAGCGACGCCUUUCGGAGGCCAGCAGAGAAACACUUUCCUUCUUUGCCCACUUGAGCUCCAGGGAAUGGCGUCCUCGACCACUCCGACCACCACCUACCAGUUCGGUGGAGUCAGCGGCCGAUGCAUUCGGCAAGGGCAACGACUGUGGCGUUGGAGGUUGGCUAAGGCUCCCAGGCGGCAGACUGCUUUGGUUUGCCCAUCGCUACACCGUGCAGGACUUUCUGGAGCUUGGUCUGCCCAUGCAACCCGAUGCCAACCUGGACAUCUCCAGCUACGAGACGCUUGCACAAUGUUAUGUGCUUCUCGCUUUCUGGAAGGCCCAUGGAUCUGGUCGCUUGGCUUUGACAUUACCAGCUUUGAGCGAUAAUAGUGGUGCUGAGUCGGUGUGUAACAAGCUUUACACCUCUAAAGUACCACUUAAUCUUUUUGUCCGCAAGCUCUCCAUGUGGAGCUCUAUUACCGGUGUCACUUUGGACUGCAGCCACAUCGCUGGCGAGAAGAACCACGAUGCAGACCUGCUUUCGCGGUGGGACGGUUGCACGGCACUUCCUGACAAGUUCUUGCCAUCAAACCGCAUCGAGCUCUACCUUUCUGAGUUCUGGCAGAUCCGCUUUCAGGUGAAACUCUUUCCAGCUGACACAUUUUUGAAGUGGCAGCUUCCAUCAGCCACCAGUUUGGGCCCGACAAACCGAGGCUCCAACAAGCGGAAGUAG